AUGCGUCACUUGGGACGGGAAUGCAUAGGAGAGGUAGGUCCUGUGGACUUAAGUGUCUUUCUGUGUGUCUUUUUUUACGAACAGGUGUCCACGCUGUUUCAUGACGCAAGCAUAGGCAACGCCAUCAACGUGGUACUGGUCCGCAUGAUUCUCCUAGAGCCAGAAGCUGCCCAGGAAGAACCGUUGCCGUCGUCCGAGGAGCUGGACCAGUUGCGAGUGGACGAGUCGGCAGACGGGACGCUGAAAAGCUUCUGCCGCUGGCAGCGGUUCGUCAACCCGUCGGACGAGAGCCAUCCUAACCACCACGACUUGGCCAUACUCGUCACAAGGUUCAACAUGUGCGCUCCAGGUCUGGAGCUGUGCUCGACGUUAGGCCUGGCCGAGGUGGCCGGCAUGUGCCAGCCGCAGCGCAGCUGCAACGUCAACCAGGACUCCGGGCUCACGCUCGCCUACACCAUCGCGCACGAGAUCGGACACAACUUCGGCAUGAGCCACGACGGACCUCACAACGGCUGCCAGGCGCCGGCGGGACUCCGGCAGCACGUGAUGGCGCCCCAUCUCAGCUCGGACCCGUCGCCCUUAGUGUGGUCGAAUUGCAGCCGAGAAGAGAUCACACGCUUCCUCGACCGAGACUGGGGCAGCUGCCUAGACGACGAGCCGCGGGCUCACCAAUUCACCUUUCCUUUGCUGCCACCGGGUGCCAUGUACGACGCCGACCACCAGUGCCGGCUGCAGUACGGACCGGCCGCCCAACACUGUGACGGCAUCGAGGAAGUGUGCCGGACGCUGUGGUGCCGCCUGGACAACAAGUGCGUCACCAAGAUGGAGCCCGCUGCACAGGGAACCGUCUGCGACAAGAACAAGUGGUGCUACCUGGGCGAGUGUACCGAGAUGGGCGAGCGUCCGGAGGCCAUCGAUGGCCACUGGGGUCCCUGGUCCAACUGGUCCGAGUGCUCGCGCAGCUGUGGUGGAGGCGUCAUGGUCUCCGAAAGACACUGCGACCACCCGAGGCCAGCCUAUGGUGGACGCUACUGUAUCGGAGAGAGGAAACGGUACAGGAUGUGCAACACCCAGAGCUGCGCCGAGGACGCGCCCAGCUUUCGUGCCGUGCAGUGCAGUCACUUUAACAACGUAUCCUACCAAGGAGAAUUGUUCAACUGGUCUCCCGUGUCUGCUCCCGCAACCCCGUGCCAGCUGCACUGCAAGCCGGACGGCAAGUUCUACUCGCGUGUGCUCAAGGAGUCGGUGACCGACGGCACGCCGUGCAGUCCCGGGUCGCGGGAUGUUUGCAUCAACGGAAAAUGCAGGCGCGUGUCCUGUGAUUGGGGAAUCGAGACGAGCGCCCGGGAGGACCGCUGCGGCAUCUGCCACGGCGAUGGCACGCGCUGCAUUACCGUCCACAAAGAAUUCAACCAGAAGGAAGGCAUCGGCUACACGGAGGUGGGUCGGGUGCCCAAGGGCGCUCGCAACAUCCGCGUCGAGGAGCUGGGAGCUUCGGGCAACUACCUGGCCGUCCAGGGCGCGGCCGACGGCGAGUUCUUCCUCAACGGUGACUGGCUCGUCCAGUGGAGUGGCGAGUACGCGGCCGCCGGCACCACGCUCUUCUACCAGCGGCAGGGCGAGAGGGACACGCUGCACGCACCGGGACCCACCAAGCAAGAGUUGGUGCUCUACCUGGCGGGUCUUGAGCCAUCGCUAGAAAACGCCGUCAGCCACGGGUACAAAACCACGGCUGCGGGCCUCGUGCUUCGGCGCUUCUGUGGCAGCCGCUCGUAG